CCCUUCGUCCAUCUUGAGAAGGACUGAAAGGUGGUCGGACGCAGUUUGUUGAGCGCUUGGAUCAACGUUGAAAGAGACGCAAUUUUAUUGUGCUUACAAUUUUUUUAUAAAUUUCUAAAAAAAGAUUUUAAUUCAAAAAAAAAACCCCUCAUAAUAUACCGUCACUGAAGAACCACUAUUUCAUAUAACUAACAAUCACCUAUUUUACAUAUAAAAGCAACUGAGCUCCGCUGAGGACUCGGAAAAUGAAAGAGAAGCGAAGUGACUGUGAGCUUGGCUCUGAUUCUGAGGCGGAGGGAGAAGAUGAAUACCAACGCAUGCAAGAAUUCAAGAAAUUAAAGGAAUACAUUUACGAGCAAAAUAAGAAAUUAUUAUUUAAAAAUAUUGACGACUUAGAAAAUGGGAAACACCAAUUGUUUUCUUAUUAUACUUCGCUUUUUGAAGCGGAAAGGGAUGUCUUGAUUAAGGAGGCAGAAAUUCUUAGAAAACAUCUCAUAGAAUGCUCAAAAAAACAACUACAAGAUACAAUUAAAGAAAUUGAAAAAGAAUUUGAAGUUGAGACUAAAUCCGCAAAAGCUGAAAUUAUGGCAAGCCUGCUGGAGAAAAAAAAAAAAUUAGAAGAGGAAAAACAGUCCCACGAAAUUUAUAUGGACAAUGGUGAAGAGAAAUUGGGAGGGUAUCGUAAAACCACAAGAUUUCAGACAACGAGCGUUACUUCUAAAGGCUUUAGUUUUCUUAAAAGUGGCCGAUCCAGUAGAAGAAAUGGAAAUAGAAAAUUGUUUGGUUCCAGCAGACAAGAUUUAAAAUUAAACGAAAACGAAAGAAAAUUGAGCGAGACCGAAAUUAACUCCGAUUUAUUGGCCAUUUCAAAAUUAAAAUAA